AUGGCUAGCAAAGGCACGCCAAAAAAGCUGUACAAGAAACGAUCUGAAUUGACGGUCAGUAUUUCACGUUGCAGACUUUGUAAUUGUGUUUGUGACCCUCAGCACAGUAAAAAUUUAUUUGGGAAGCAGAAUCAGCCAGUUUUAUGCAACGCAAAGUUUAUUUACGGUGGCAAGUUACCGCAAGAUAUCAACCUUCCUCACUUAGUAUGUGCGCCAUGUGAGCGGAGGCUAAACAAUGCCAUCCAGUUGAAAAACACCAUUUCAGAAACCCAGCGAGUGUUACAAGAAACUAUUUGCACAAAACGUUGUGUUGAAAUAUUGCCAUCAGUGUCUAGACAGUUUGCGGGGACUUCAUGUCGACGCAGCAUCGAUUUCAACAUUAGUGGAAGUCAAUCUGAGAGUGUUAGUCCUACACCAUUAGCGUUACAUGUAAGUAUAUUUUGA